UCUCUAUUUGCUCACAACAACUUUGUCAGCUGCAGCGGCUGAGAAGUGUUUGUGUACAUAUGAAGGAGACCCCAGUGUAGCGAGGGAGGCUGGAGGAUGCUGCACUGACAAGGAGACUGCAAGGCAAGAGAGGCUGGGCUGUUGGACCGAAACGGGAUCUGAUCAUCCCCCCGGGGCGUUUGGUACGUACAGUGCAGGAACUGUAGGUUCGCUGUAUUGUAAAUAUCCAGAGCCCCCCGUCGCUCUGCGACGUCUGGGCCACAGCCCCCAGCCUCUACUCCCGACCUCAUGGUAUUUCGUAAUACCCACGCCUAUAGAGGACAGAUGUCCGUUUCUCUGUGACGCCUGUAUUUCAUCUUUAGCGGUUCUGCAUGAGGGUGUCAGCGGCCGUUAGUCUCCGCGCUGCGCAGCGGCUACGGCACAGACGGACAAACACAUGCGCCAUGCGUCAACCAGACGGGACACGAAACAACAUAUGUUGUGCUCCUCCUUAAAAACAACUUGUUCUGUUCUGCUGCGACUCCCGAAGAGUUGUUUCCCCUUCUCUCACCCUGAGCAGCUGAAGUAACUUUCCCUCUCCGGUGAUACCUCCAGGCUCUCCAUGAGGCGACGCACCGGGUGAUCACACUUUCCUGGGGAUUUUGCUCUUUGUACAGCGGACACGAUGUGGACACCGACGGAGGACGAGAAGAUAGGAGUGGUGAUCUGCAGCUUCCGGGGCUCCGUGACUCAGGGUUUGGCUCUGGAGGUGGGAGAGACGGUUCAGAUUCUGGAGAAAUGUGAAGGAUGGUACAGAGGAUUCUUGAUGAGAAAGCCGAAUGUGAAGGGAGUUUUCCCAGCCAGCUACGUUCACUUGAAGAAAGCCAUCAUAACCAACCGGGGGCCACAUGAGACUGCGGUGCCUCUGGAAGACCCCGUUGUUACCGAGGUGACGUCAAUGCUACAGGAGUGGGCCUCACUGUGGAAGCAGCUCUAUGUGAAACACAAGGUGGACCUGUUCUACAAGGUUCGCCACGUGAUGAUGGAGCUGAUCGACCUCAGACGGCAGCUGCUGUCUGGUCACCUGACACAGGACCAGAGCCGAGACGUGAAGAGACACAUCACCGUCCGACUGGACUGGGGCAAUGAGCACCUGGGUCUGGACUUGGUGCCAAGAAAAGAGUUUGAGAUGGUGGAUGAAGACCAGAUCAGUGUCUCAGAUCUUUAUAAAAUGCAUCUGUCCAGCAGACACAGCGUACAACAGAGCACCACACAGGGUGAUGGUACCUGGCAGCGACACGGCGAGGCCAGCAGAGUCCCAGUGCCAUCACUUCCUGGUUUUAAUUCAAGCUUAAAACUUGGGGCAACUGUGGCUCAGAAGGUAGAGUGGUCGUCCCCUAACCAGAAGGUCGGUGGCUCGAUUCCCAUUCUCCCCAGUCCACAUGUCAAGUGUCCUUGAGCAAGACAUUGAACUUCAAGUUGCUCCCGAUGGCCAGAGCAGUGCUUUGCAGGGACAGCGCCACCAUCUGUGUGGGGUGGGGUGGCACCGCACAGAUAAAUUCUGUGUCACAGCAGACAAAGGAGAAGCUGUGGUCGUCGGUUAAGGAAGUGUCGGUGUCUGGGAUUACCACACUGUGGUGACUCAGCGUCCCUGAUGGCGACCUCAGGUGGAUUACCAUCAUGUGAACCACUGGAUUUUAGAGUGACAACAUGAUUUAAGGUUAGGGCUGUGGCAAGUAGUGGUCUUGGUUAACCUUAGGGUGAAUCUAAGUCAGUCCACAAGGAAUGAAAACAGUCGUGUGUGUGUGUCCCCUCCAGUGCUGGGAGUACGGUAUUCCUCUGUGCAGGGAGCUGGCCUUCCAGUAUGAAUCUCUGUACGACUACCAGAGUCUCAGCUGGAUUCGGGUGAGCUGCACAACACAACCACAACUCUGUCACACUGUACGACGUCAUUCCUAUCACUUCUUCCAG